GACCCGUUUCAUUGCUUUUUAAAGGAGUGUGCAUUUUCAUGCAAAAUAGAUCAACAGGAAGAAAAUCAACAAUCUUGAAGACACUUACUUAGACGUAGUUCAGGAUGGAUGGAGAUGCACGAGACGGAAAAGGACUUGCUGUUGAUGUAUGUCAGAAGAUGCCUGAAGAGAAUUCKGACUUACCAAGUGUUGACGAACCUUCAAAUCAGAACGAAAAUGGACAACCAAUUGACACAUCGUCACAGGAACAACCUGCCACAAAAGAAACUGAACCUGCAAAGGAAACCAAGAACACUGACCGUAAGCCAGAGGCAACGUUUUACACCUUUGACCGAUCAGGUUCCAUGAGCAGUAUGGGAGACGCACCGUCGGAAGCAUUGUUCCAGGAGAUAAGAGAAAAGCUAGCUGAAGCCAUACAUGGCGAUUAUGUUUACAUACAGGCCUUUGACGAUCGCAUUGAUCCGCCCCUUCACGAUGGCCCUGUGUCGCAAAUCAAACUAACCCUCGAAAAUAUCAAAAAGGGAUUAAAGCCACGGGAUAGGACUGCCUUGAACGAUUCCUUUGCUGCUCUUUUAAAAAAGGCAAUGACCUUUCAUGAGGCUAACCCCGGUCACGAGGUUGCAGCGGUCGUCUAUACUGAUGGUGCAGAGAACUCUUCUAAGGAAUAUGGUGGACCAGAAGGUCUCAAGAAAGUGAGUGCUCUUGUUCACAAAGCUCGUGAUAUGGGGAUAGAAGUGAUCUUCAUGGCGGCCAAUAUUGACGCCUUUGCAACCGGAGAUUCMUACGGUGUUCCGCAAAGGGCAUGUCUACAAGCCGGACAACGUAACUUCGUUGGACUCAAAUAUGCAAAAGAUGGAAUCCGACAGAAAAAUAUAUGCAGGUCAAAGGGUUUUGGAUUUACGGAACAACAGAUACGGUCAUCAAGCGAAGAAGUUCCAAGGUUUCAGAAGCAAUGAGUUUAGCCAUAUCCCAAUAAUGUACCCGGAAUGAGCAAUUACAAGUUAACAGCGAAACUACGUCUGCUAGUGGAGAUAAUACGAAAAUGUAAAAGAAAUAGCACUGUGUAGKUUUGGUUAGAUCUUCAUAUGUUCUUUGUUUUCAGUAAAGGUCACAGCGGCCAUCUUGGAGGAACUUCAACAAUAAUUGUUCAUUCCUCCAACAUGGACGGCAGUCUUUUUUUCUUUUGAAUCUCAUGUUAAUGUCUUUGUUAAUAUACCUUAAACGCAGGGAAGAGGACGAUUUUACGAGAACUUGUUACUGUGCAAUAAAAAUAUUUCUGAUUUGAAAAAAUCMAUUAAAGAUGUAUUUGAUGUAAAAUUUGUCAAUAAGCACGUCCAUAAAGUUUAACGAUCAAGUUGUGAAAAUCAAUAAAAACAGUAACCUUCAAAAUCA